AUGCGGCUGCAGUGGCUGCAUGUCCCCUCGGGGGAUGCGCUGGUGGCGCUCCUGAUACCCGCAUUCAUCUUCACCAUCUAUGGAGGCUUCUUGUUGGCUGCCGCCCUAGAGCAGGAUUACGCCUCCACGCUGUUGGCGCCAUCAUGCCCCUGGCUUGCGCUAGCUGUGGCUCUGGCCUGCGCCUUGAGCUUUAGUAUCCUUCUUGCCGGUGCAGGAGCGCGCACCACCAGUGGCUCCCUCCCAGCGGCAGAUCUGUGGCUGCUAACUGGCCUACUUUUACCCGGACUGGCUGGGGGCCUAACUGUGGGCGCUCCUGUUCUAGGACUCACACCUGCCAGGCUUUAUGCGGGCCCUUACCUCUCCACGGCUGUGGGGGUGUAUUGCUUUGCAGGCCUCCCACCCCCGCUGCUGCUGCCCCUAUCGCUGGCAAUCAUCGUCCCGUGCGCAAUGCAGACUGCACGCUGGGGUGCUGGAGCAGCAGACCAAGCCCUAAGCGCUCUGUAUGUCGCAGCAGCCAACUUCUUGGGCUGGUGCCUGUACACCCGCAUUUGGCGGGAAGCUGUGGCCCUCCUCGUAGCCGAACUGCUGCCCUACCAGACAACCUGCGCUCCGCUUCCUGAGCUUCAGGUUUUCGAGCUAAGGGCAGUCAUGUCUCAGCGCGCUCGUGCGGCCAAAAGUGCUGGCGCUGGUGCCGCCACGCACCCAGAGGACACAGCGAUUGUUGCCACAGAAGCAGCACAAUUCAACGCACCAGAGAAAGUGGCACCAGAUGAGGAAGCGAAAGAGUGUAGCCGACCUGCGUCAGCCAGCCUCAGCCGCGUUUGCUCGUCUUCAGGUGCAACUGCGGAAGGGCGCUUACCCGAGACUUCAGCAGCUGCUGCCGUCUACACAGGCGACCAGCAGCAGCAAGUGCCGCUAGAGUGUGGAAGCUCUGCACAGGGCUGCUCCUCGGGUGCAACUCCAGCACCCACGGAAACUGCAGCAGUUGCCUCCCUAGAGCCAGUCACGCCAGCCUCCCCUGCAGCUCCGCGUCUAGCGAGAGCAGACAGUUCAGCAGCAGGAUCAAGAGCAUCGACACCGAGGGCAGCCCAAGGACCUGCGUCGGACGGCCCUGCAGGAGUACCUGCCGGCGCAGGAGAGCCUCACGAAUCAGCCGCUCGGAACUUGCCACGGCAAUCAUGGAAGCACUGGCAGCAAGAGCCGCAAUUUCAGCAUCAUCAGCCACAGGGCCACGAGGAGCAACAGCGAAGCCGUGAAGAUCAGCCGCAGCAAUAUCGCCAACCGCCACAUCUCCCGAUGAGAAUUGAGAGCACCAGGCCAUUCGGUAUUCGGAGGCGGCAGAACACAACACCUUGCUUGCUGCUGCAUGCCAAAAACCAAGCAAUAGAGGCCCCAGAAGCAGAACUACCCGACAUACGGAGGCCCGAAACAGCGGGGGACCACCCAGCGCCGCGGCACGCACCGAUUUUGCGGCGGCAGUCCUUGCCGAGGUGGAGUCUUCCCACUCUUCUGCAGCAACAUGAACAGCAAAAACAGCAGCAGCUAGCGGUGUUGCUUCCUGCUCAGCCCGACAGCGGAGGCCAUGCUGUUCAGCCGUAUCUGACUUCUGGUGCAGCAUCCAAAAGUGCUGCCGUUGCGGCCGCCGCUGCUGCCGCCGCAGCUGCUGCCGAGACCGUGCAGCGCUGGCGCUUCGGCAGUUUGAACUCGCCCUCUGCCGCCAGUGCUGCAGCAGCUGAGUCAGCUGCAGUCACUGCAGUCGCGCGACCUCGAAGAGGGAGCAUGCACCAAGGAGGUAGCAGUAGCCGAAGCAGUAGCGCAGCGCAGGUAAUUGAGUACGCAGGAAGAGAGCUGCUUUACAAAGCUCCGACCUGGUCCCCCCAAGAGAAGAUGCUGGCCAUAGCGGCGCUACCAAGACGUGCGGCACCAACUUCUCGUGCAGCAGCAGCAGCAGAGGCAACGAGUGCCGAAGCGAAGAUACGACGCCGUAGCUCAGUGGUAGCAUUAAAGCAGGCCACGAAGCUUCUGGAUGCUCUGCGUGCUCGCCCUCUGGAGCUCAGGAAGAAGUGGGCUAGGAGGCACCUUACCACACACCACCACAGUCAGCAAGAACACAGGGAGCAGCAGGCGCAGCACCACCAGGUACAGUCCCCUGUGGGAGCUGCCAAGAUGGCCUGGGCCCUACAGCGCAUGCGAGCGGCCACAGGUAGCUUUAGCAGUCUCGGACGCAGCAGCAGUCAGGUGUCUACAUCCAUGCAUGCGACAGCAACUGCCGCAGCGGCCUCCCACACUUCCCCAGGACUGUUGCGGCUAGGUAGCAGCAGUAGGAGGGGCAGCCGCUGCAGCAGCACCUACCUCUCCACCAUGAGUGGGCCUGCUGUCGCGACAGUCGAGCCAGCAGCCUUGACAGCUGCCCCCCUGUCCUCUUCCGAAGCCCUACCGGCACCAGCUACGCAGCCUGGCGGCGGCUGCACCGUACACGAGCGCAUGCAGCAGCGGCAGCUGCAGUGGCUUCGGCAAAGGCUAGCGGAGGAUCAAAUUGAUGACCAGUUUGUGGCUAUCAUAGAGACUUGCUGGGAGCGCUGCUGGCUACUGUGCCAGCAAGCAGAUACCCAUCCAGCAAGCAACACUACUGCAGCUGCUCUUGUUGCGGUUUCGGAAGACCACGCCCAGCCACCCCUGCGCCACAAAAAGAGCAACAGCCAGAUAUUGGCUUCAGAUGCACUGCACAUCCAGCUAGUGCCUACAGAAAAGAGGCGACAAGAAGACGGCCACCCGCAGGAGGAAGAGCCGCGAGACAAGCAAGAGCAGGAGCGGCAACAACAUACGCAGCAGGAACAUGAACAUAUAAUUCGAGACCUGCUUACAGUAAGGGCCAUCGGGGCCCUUGAAGCUGCAGCGCGACUGCAGCAGUGGAGAAAGCUACAGGACCAUGGAAACUUCGAGCUCCCACAGCAUGUGCUGCAGCAAAUCCUCAGCGACGUGGCAACAGCUGCAUUGCCUUCAGCAGCUGCUCAUGGAACGGCACGCAAGCCCAGACCAACGGAUGCGCAUCAAAAUCCGAGUGCCCUGCUGGGUUCUCGUGCGCCCUUGCACGAUCAUCAGCAUUCUCACGAGGCUCUCGGUGAAAUAACAGCAUCCCGGGAUUGCUGGCAGGAGUCGAUGAGGUGUGCGUACACCGAGAAGGCAGCAGAAAAUCCCGCCUCCGGAAAUCGGCGGCAACUUGCUAUGGCCUACAUCCUACGGAAGGAGCUGUUGUGGAGAGAGCAGCAUGGACCAUGGCCAGGACCCCUUACCGCUGCGUCUGCUUCUGCUGUAGCCGAAGCACCCUCAGAGAAGAAUCUAGCCAAGCUGCAGCAGCCACAGACAAGUAAGCGUGCAUACAGCCGCCGGCCUAUGAGCACCAGAAGAGCCUCCCAAAGAGCCCACAGCAGUGCGAGUAGCAGUGGAGGCAGCAGCAGCAACACGUGCAACAGCUGCGAGAGAGUCGUCUAUGAGGGGGGCCGAACUUCACGUAAACGCGCAGGAGGAGAAACUGCAACAGUUAUUACCCCAGGAGCGGCGACAACAGCAGCAGAAACGUUUCUGGCGCGGGCAGCAGGCCGCGGCAUUCCGCCCCAAAUGCCUCUACAAGACUUGACCCUAAAAUUUGCGGACACUACAAUUGAAGAUUUGCUGUUGCCUGCAGCGGCUCUCUUCUGGGCAAUCAAUGGGGCAUCCAGCAGCGGCACUAUAAGCCAGCAGCACCCAAACUUCUUGGAUACCUUCAAAGCCUACGCUACAGGGCGCAUCAUGCUUCAGUUCUGCGGAGAGGUAGUCAUAUUUUUGAUGCUGCUAAGCAGCCGAAGCGGCCACAGUUACAGCACAUGGCCGCACCGCAGCAACCCGGGGGCCGGAGAUCCCUGGAUGCGUGGCUUCAUGUCGUACUUAUUCCAUUUGAGGCUCUGCCUCUGCCUCGCGGAUAUCCCCGUGCAUUUGCUGCUUCUGCCGCUACAGCAGCUUGCAGUGGAGGACCUGGUACUGUAUGGGCCCCUACUGCUGCAACUUGCUGCCGUGGCGCAGCAGCAGCAGAACCGUCACCCGCGGCAGCCACUGGUGAUUUAUGUAGCAUAUUCAACGGUAUAUUCGCUUGUUAUUGCUGGCUGUGCUCUGCUCGUCGAGAUGAAAGUGAUGAACGGCCCCCCAUCUUUUUCCUUGCUAUUGCUGUUGCUGCGUAGCGGCGCUGCCUUGUCCGCGAUGGGCUCAGUUAUCCAUCUCCUAGUACUGGGCGUGGAGGAAAAGUGCAGCAGAAGCGUAUUUUCAACGACUGUCUUGCCCUACUUGCUGCGCCUAGAGGCAGCAACCUACUGCGGUUUCUGCCGCCAAGUAGCCUCUCCAGAAGACGUUGACGCAACCGCAGCUACGGAUGUGGGAGUGACGGCAACAGGAGAGAGUUCGGCACCGGAGGAGGCCUUGAAGGAGGUUUUGAAGGAGGCCUUUACCAGAAAUGAAGCGGAGCGGGAGACGGGUCUGACAACACCGGAGCCUUUAUGUGACCUGGGUUCACAACGACAGCAGCAGCCAGAACAGCUUAAUACACUAAAAUCGAUGGGGCAAAGAGCAAAUAUGGAGGGUUAUCGAGGGGCCUGUAAGUGUCAGAAAAAGUGGCAUCGCAAGCUAGAGAGUGAAACUGUGAAGGCUACGGCUGCAGAAGAUUCUGAUGCCGAUGUUACGGAAGACGGUGCCCUCAGUACCGCGUGGUCCGACAUUGAGCCGUCUCGCACUUGCAGAGAGCUGCUAAGGAGCCUCCCGGAGCCACAGCGAACGCAGGCACUCAGUGACACCGGCAGCAAAGCUAGUAUUAGCAGCGACAGCAGCAAGUUCGAGUUUAACGGUGGUCCAAGGGUGGAAAUAACCUUGGAUUUGACGCCUACAGCGGAGGCAUUCCGCCAUAGGGCUGCAGGGGUGCUUGCUGAGUCCACAACUGCUCUGAAUGCUACUUGUGCUUCGCUUCCUUGCGUCUCCAAAGAGAGCCUCUAUCAAGGCACAGAUGGAACGGCAGCAACUCCAUCAGCGUGUGCUACUGCCAGAGCUGCUGCAGUCCCUGGCGCUACUCCGCGUGCGGCGAGAGACAGGAGCAGCAGCAAGGUUGCUAGGGCUGCUCGAAGCAGCAGCACUGUGGGGAAGCAAUUGCUGCACAUCCUAGGCACACGCUUGUCAUCUCUCAGCAAGAGUCCAAAGGAUUGGACCAAGGUACUGGGGGAGUCCUCACCUGCAUUAGAAAUGCCGGUAGCUCCAGCUGCAUCUGCGGCUGCUACUACUGGGACAGUAACAGGUGCCUCAUCCUCGCUCUGCACUCCUCCUGUGUCCUUUGUUGAGCAACGGCCUAGUUCUCGUCUGCACAGCCUACAGCGAGGAAGCAGCAGCAACAACAACAUGCCUGCAUGGCUGCGAGGCGAUAGCCACACGGGGACCCCCGUUGCUAAAGGGCCGCCGGAAUCUCGACCUAUGAGGAGUCUAAUGCUGCUUUAUCGGCUUUCUUCAUGGAAACACCGUAGCAGCAGCUGCAGUAGCAGUAGGCUCUGGGGGGAAACAGGAAUCACGAGCCCCAACGUUGCACGCCCAAUUCCUUCAGGAUCCCAUGCAGGAGGGCACACUGCUUCUCGCUUUUUCUCUUUCCGUGCUCGAGCUGCUGCGACGUCUCCGGGUCACAGCUUUUCUAUUCCUGCUCCUGGAGGUGCCACGACACUCAGCAGAGCGGAAGAACCAAACCUGUAUGCAGAAAGCAGCAGAGGAGCAGCACCCCCAGCUGCCAAGCACUGCAGGUACCCAGACAUUGCGCAUUCCAGCUGCGACAGCAAGUGGCAGCAAGUAGCUACUCUGCAGCAACAGCUGCAAUUGCAGUCCUCUCGCAGUCUGUUCUUUUCGUCAUUUGAACAGAGGAAUGCCGUGGAAGUUGGCUAUGGCCGUGCUGCCUCCAAAGGAGCAGACGCUGCUGGUUCAGCAGCCAGAGCGGCGGCAACACGGCUCGAAACAACACCCGUAGCGCCAACUGCAGCAGCAACAGAUGUAUGGAUUGGCUUUCCACCCCGCUCCCUGGAUCGGCAUUACCUCGAACAGGGGGAUCUUCAGCAGCAGCAACAGCAACCGCAUGUGCAACAGCAGCAACGCCAGCACCGCGCCUGGCAUCCGUCUCCCAAGGAUGCUGCCGUCCCUUCAGACGCUUCCCCACAGCUACAUAGGAUAUUUAGCAUGCGGCGCCCCGACGAGUUAAGCAACUUUAGCUACAGCACUAGCAACGUCUGGGCAGCGCCAGAUUUGGGAGAGCCAGUGGCAGUGAGGGACCUGCUCUCAGAUGUUUUCGCAACGCGAGGUAACAGCUGGAAUGAUCCAGCGCAAAUCCCCUUGCCUUCUACACAUCCUGCCCUGCUGCAGCAAGAGUCAUUCGCGCAAUCUGCAGCUGCUGCUGCUGGCGGCAGUCGUGGGGGCGAAACACCUGCAGUCGCAGGGGGGGAGCAUCCAGCGCGUGCAGCAGCCGCGGCGUGGAGCCGCGGGGCAAGCGCGCGUCUACGCCCUGCCAAACAGGGGGCUGCUCUUGCAGCGCAGCGAGCCGCAGCAGCCGCCUUGCUCGCAGCAGCAGAGGAAGUCGGGGAUGGGAGGCAAGACACUUUGCAAGAUGGGGGAGUUCUCUACCCCAGCCAGUGCAUCAGGAACAGGCUCGAGAAGCUUCUUUGGGGUCUGAGUAUAUGA